AUGUCCGACACAAAGAAGGAACCCACUGCCGCCGAGGCCAUGCUCUUCUUCAGCAUCGUCAAGCACACCCGAAACAAGGCUGAUGUCGACUGGGAUUCUGUCGCCCUUGAGGCUGGAUUCAAGAAUGCCGAUGUUGCCAAGGUCCGCUUCGGCCAGGUAAAGCGCAAGCUUGGUAUCUCUACCGACACUGGCGUCGCCCCUCGCGCUCCCACCACCCCUACCAAGAAGGGCGCCUUCAGAGUGGCCAAGACUCCCCGCAGCACCACCAAGGGCAAGGGCCGUAGCCGAGUCAAGAAGGAAGAGGAGAAGCCUGCCGAGGCUGAAGAGGACGAGGACCAGAAGAUGGAGAUGGAGCAGCCCAUCGUCAAGGACGAGCAGCAGGAUGAGCUCUCCGCUGACAACACCAAGGCUGAUCCUUUCUAA